CCAAUGCGAUGGCUGGGGCGGGGUCGGGCGCUCUAUAAGUCGUCGAUAGGCGGGCCCUCCGCCCUAGUUUCUAAGGAUCAUGUCUGCGAGUCAGGAUUCCCGAUCCAGAGACAAUGGCCCCGAUGGAAUGGAGCCCGAAGGCGUCAUCGAGAGUAACUGGAACGAGAUUGUUGACAGCUUCGAUGACAUGAACCUCUCAGAGUCCCUUCUCCGUGGCAUCUAUGCCUAUGGUUUUGAGAAGCCCUCUGCCAUCCAGCAGCGAGCCAUUCUUCCUUGUAUCAAGGGUUAUGAUGUGAUUGCUCAAGCCCAAUCUGGGACUGGGAAAACAGCCACAUUUGCCAUAUCGAUUUUGCAGCAGAUCGAAUUAGAUCUAAAGGCCACUCAGGCUUUGGUCCUGGCACCCACUCGAGAACUGGCUCAACAGAUACAAAAGGUGGUCAUGGCACUAGGGGACUACAUGGGUGCCUCCUGUCAUGCUUGCAUUGGGGGCACCAACGUGCGUGCUGAGGUGCAGAAGCUGCAAAUGGAAGCUCCCCACAUCAUUGUGGGUACCCCUGGCCGCGUGUUUGAUAUGCUUAACCGGAGAUACCUGUCUCCCAAAUAUAUCAAGAUGUUUGUAUUGGAUGAAGCUGAUGAGAUGUUAAGCCGUGGAUUCAAGGACCAGAUCUAUGACAUAUUCCAAAAGCUCAAUAGCAACACUCAGGUGGUUUUGCUAUCAGCUACUAUGCCUUCUGAUGUGCUUGAGGUGACCAAGAAGUUCAUGAGGGACCCUAUUCGGAUUCUUGUCAAGAAGGAAGAGUUGACCCUGGAGGGUAUCCGUCAGUUCUACAUCAAUGUGGAACGAGAGGAGUGGAAGCUGGACACGCUGUGUGACUUGUAUGAAACCCUGACCAUCACCCAGGCGGUUAUCUUCAUCAACACCCGAAGGAAGGUGGAUUGGCUCACAGAGAAGAUGCAUGCCCGAGAUUUCACUGUGUCUGCCAUGCAUGGAGAUAUGGACCAAAAGGAACGAGAUGUAAUCAUGAGGGAGUUCCGUUCUGGCUCUAGCAGAGUAUUGAUCACUACUGACCUGCUGGCCAGAGGCAUCGAUGUGCAACAAGUUUCUUUAGUCAUCAACUAUGACCUUCCCACCAACAGGGAAAACUAUAUCCACAGAAUCGGCCGUGGUGGACGAUUUGGCCGUAAGGGUGUGGCUAUUAACAUGGUAACAGAAGAAGACAAGAGGACUCUACGAGACAUUGAGACCUUCUACAACACCUCCAUCGAGGAGAUGCCCCUCAAUGUUGCUGACCUCAUCUGAGAGGGGCUGUCCUGCAACCUCGCCCCA